UCACUAACCUACUCCAUUGUUCAUCCCCAAUAAAAACAAGGAAACACGUGCAACGGACAAGAAGUCUACAACUCUCAAGUAGAAUGAAGCUACGAAUACUGGGUACUAUGUAUACACUCAUCUGUCAACGGUAUUGAAUUAAGAUGAGGGGAAUAUUGGAGUAUCAUCAUAUAAUCCAUAUACACCGCUACUGAAGCCAAGCCCUGGAACCUGGAAAUAUCAUCAUGUCAAUAGACCUGAACUGGGAAACCCUGACGGGAGGUCCGGACGGCGCCGCACUCGCCGAGCACAUCCGCGACUUCAUCCACGUCAAAUUCCAAUCUGUCCCCCUGCCUCGUUUCAUCAAAUCCGUCACCGUGCACAACUUUGAAUUCGGCACUAUACCGCCUAGUGUCGUCUUGAAGGAUAUAUGCGAUCCGCUGCCAGACUUCUACGAGGAAAAUCCUGAUGUAGACGAUGGUGACGACGAUGAUGAGGAGGAUGAAGAGGAGGAGGAGCAUGAGCAGGAUAGAGGAGUACAAGGGUAUGGUCACGCAGAUGAUGUGUCCGACGCUAUUAGGGCUGCGGAACGUCGGAGGAGAGCAGACCAGAUCCGGAGAUUGGAGGGAAGAGGCGGAAAUGGACGUAGGGGUAGAAGUGGUAGUGGCAAUGGGAGUGGAGAUCCUGGGUAUGUCCCCGAGGGUCUAAAUCCCCCGCAUAUCCACAUCGCAGGCCUACGAAGCGCUCCUGGAACCCCGGACCUGGGUAACCCUUUUCUCGGACUUGGCGUCUCGACCCCCGGCGUUCCCGGCGGCACCGCGAACAUGCACUAUUUCCAAUCCAAGUUGGCUACCGGUUGGUCCGGCACACAGACGCCAUUGGCUGCCGUCGCGGGAGCCCAGCAUCUGAACGGCUGGCUCGAUAUGGGAGUUUCGCAUUCACCCUUACCCGGGCGGUAUCAGGAGCCUCCUACCCGAAGCCGAAGUCGCGAUCGUGAGCACAGCAGGCAACCGUCGCAAAGCUCAACCUCCGUUACAGACCCCCCGCCAACCCCGGCCGUGGCUUCGGCCUCCCUCGCACCCGCGCAACACCCGCUCCGAGAGAAACAUAGCGUGUCGACUCUCGCGCCGACGUCUGCGGGUGCAUCACGGCCGCCCACCCGAGACAUGUCCGGGCCUUUACCUUCGCCUCUCACGGGGUUCCGGGGAUUCAGCGAUCGCUUCGGCCACGCGGGCGGGCCCACGUCCAACUCUAGAGGAGCAAACGAGGAGGAGUACGUGCAAAUAGACGACGACGAAGAAGAAGAAGAGCCGAAAAAGUUCCGGGAGCCCAAGGUGGACGACCUGCAGGCCGUGUUCCGCAUCAAGUACACGGGCGACGUCAAGCUCAUGCUGACGGCGGAGAUACUGCUCGACUACCCGAUGCCCAGCUUCGUCGGGAUACCCGUCAAGCUCAACAUCACAGGUCUCACGUUCGAUGGCGUCGGUGUGGUGGCGUAUAUCCGGAAGCGCGUGCACUUCUGCUUCCUGAGCCCCGAGGACGCGCUCGCGGCCGUGGGUCGUGACGACGAGGGCGAUGACAAGAACGAGGAUGAGCACGAGGACGAAGAUGGCAUGGGCGAUAACCGCCCCAGCACGGCGACGAGCACGAAUCCCGGCUUACAGCAGCAUCAUAGGGGCAGGCUGGGCAGCUUGCUGCAGGAGGUCAGGGUCGAGAGCGAGAUCGGGCAACGGGAGGGCUCGAAGCAGAGCUUGAAGAAUGUGGGGAAGGUGGAGAAGUUUGUGCUGGAGCAGGUUAGGAGGAUCUUUGAGGAGGAGUUUGUGUAUCCUAGUUUUUGGACGUUUUUGGUUUGAGGGGUGUUGUGGUGUUGUGGUGUGGUAUGGCUAAGGUGAGGUAGAUAGUUGGGGUGCCCUAGGGGAGGGAAGGGGGGGGCUUUGUAGCAUUAGGUAGAAUUAUGAAUUGCAUGGAAAUGGCUUAGAGCGGGGGUA